GUCCGACAAUACUCUGACCCCCACAGGCCUGCUAUGGGGUCUCCUCAGGUGUCAGGCCAAUCGCAGUAUGAUUCCGCUGGAGAUCAUCGCGAAUCGUCUUCUCCGCGAGUGGUCUCACCAGUAUCCAACCCCUCGCCGGGAAUGCCGCCUCAACAGGUCCAGCAACGGAAGAGUCCAGGUCCCAGGAUGGGGAGUAUCUCGGAAGCAACACGUAGCCAUCAGGAGCGCCCUUAUAAUAUAAGUCUUCCCAUUGAUGAAGGCGCAGAAAAUGAGGCUGCAUACAUAAAGCACCAGCAGAUGCUACACCAGCAAAUGGAAGCAGAGAAUCAAGCUCAGGCAAUGAGAAGCCGGAACAGCCCGUCUCCCCAUCCACUCCAAGAGUACGACGGGCCUACCAGUAUUCAAGGCACAACAGGACCACCCCUCGCAGGGUUUCGUGAGGUACUGCCGAGACAUUCGCCGCAACCCUAUCAAAUACCUCCCCCUCAACAGCCGCGCUCAACUUCUCACCCACAACAAAUGCAACUUCAACAACAUCCCCAUUCGCGAACACCAGAACCAGCUCAGCCCGCACCCAUCCGCCCCUCUCAGCUUCAAGCCAGUGGAUCAGUGCAACCAGCAGCGUUUCCGCUACCAAAGUCGCCAGAUCCAGCAAACGCAGCAAGCCCAGUCAAUCCUAUCACGGCUAUGCUACCUCCGCCGGCUCCCCCAAAAUCGCCACAUGGUGAAUUCGUACCCCACCAUCCCAUCGACGUCGCAGCCGAUGAAGCGCCCCCUUCAUACUCCACUCACGAGCGGCCAGACCAAGCCUUCAAUGACGAGAAAGCCGACCCGGCCCAAUCACCAACACUGCAACCACCGUCGCCGCAGAUGCCGCCACCGUCGCAUAUUCCUACGCCUCAAAUACCCCAGCAUCGGAUACCCCCGCCGCAACAAGAGUACGUCACCGGGGAUGGCCCGAACGAGCGCGGACGGAAACCCUCCCUCUCCAUCCUCCAGCAUCCCCAACCCUCCACCAUGGCAGCCUCGCCGGCGCGUUCCUCCACCGACAUGGGCUCUGCGAUCUUGCGCCAGCGCCUCCUCGAGCAGGAAGAACGCGAGCGUGUCGAGCGGCUGCAGAAAUCUGAGCUCCAGCGCGUGGAGAGCGAACGAGAACGCGCGGAGCGGGACCGUGCGAGGGCUAGAGCUAGGGAACUGGAGCGGAGCCGAGGGAGCAUGAGGGGUUAUGCUUUAGGUUCGACAGGUUCGAGUGGGCAGAGACCCGUCGCGUUUGAGCUUAGUGCGGAAGAGGAUGAGCCCAUUAUGCGGGGAGUAAGUUAUCCAGGUAUGGAGUGGACGCCGGCUUGGGAGGGGGAUUGAAGAAGUUUGCUUUGAUGGGUGAAAAUUAAGCCAAAGGGUGCAAGUCGUGUUGGUUUCUUUUAAUUUGUAGAUUUGUACAGGAUGUUGAUGGGGAGUGUAUAGUAAGAUCCCAUCACGAGUGCCAUUUCUGUUCAUGUCUUCUUUUCUUCUUGACUCCUCAGCAUUGCUCGAGCUCUUAGUCUUUUUGUCCAUUUCUCUCAGUCGAUCGGGAUUUUGUUUCUUUUUUGAAAGUGGAUUUGAGCGAUCGCGCACCUCUUUACUGGAUACCCUCGUCGUGUUCUGAGGCUCUUAUCGUGGAUGAUGAGACAGCUCUUCAUAAUGUUUUUAGGGAAAUACCACACAUCGAUC